AUGCAGAAGGUGAAUUUUUUGAAAAGCUUAAUUGAAAAAGCUACUAAGUUAACUCUUGGUGAAGAGGAGCCAGAAGUGAAACUAAAAGUACUAGAAGAAGUAUCCUUUCAGGGAAUUGCACAGUACAUUAUCCAGAAAAAAGAUGAAAUAUUUCAAGAUAGAAUUCCUAAAUGUCCUGAUUGUGAUGGUGUUGUGAAACCAGAUAUUGUCUUUUUUGGUGAAGCUUUACCGUUUAAAUUCUUUUCACUAACACAGAAGGAUUUUCCAAAGUGUGAUUUACUCCUGGUAAUGGGAACAUCAUUGGUUGUACAGCCAUUUGCAUCUCUUGUUAACAGGGUGCCUGAAGACUGUCCUAGAUUGCUGAUUAAUAGAGAAAAAAGUGGCCAAGUUGACCCUCUUAUGCAGAUGUUGGGAUUUGGUAGAGGCAUGGACUUUGAUUCACCGAAUAACUAUCGUGAUGUUGCAUUUGAAGGUACCUGUGAUGAUGGAUGUGUCAGAUUGGCUGAAUUACUUGGCUGGAAGGAUGAACUGCUGAACUUGGUGGAAACAGAACAUGCUAGAAUUGAUGCAGAGAAAAAGAAGAAAAAAGAUGAGGCAACAAAGACAAACAAAACUGGCAAAGCAGCUACCAGUGAUACUACACCAAAGGCAGAAACAAAGCUGAAUAAUCCAGAUAUACCAUCAGAGAAAUUAUAAAUACUUUCAUGAAGAUUGUAUAUAUUAUAUAUAUAUAUAACACAAUUAUCAUAGUUUGGGGAUUGUCCUGGUUACAAAGAAAAUAGUUUUAAUACUCACUUAAAGCGCGGUGGUCGUCGCGCAGCACGUGUUCCAAUUUCAUGUAAAUAAACAAUGUAUUUUACACGCGUUGUAUACGUCGCUAUGAGUCCCAUAUCAAACAGGACGCGGCGCGACGACUACCGCCCUUUA